AUGCCUGCCGAAGACGGCGGUCCCAACGGCCGCGCAGAUCCAAACGAGCGAACGGGCCUCCUCUCGAGGAUAGCCACCACCGACUCGGGCACUCCCUAUUACAAACACGAGAAUGUCUUCAUCAAAUACCCUUUCCUGGUGCUACAUGUGACAUGGGAGAUCCUGCGCACGAACUAUGUCAACGUCCUGCUGGUGUUUGUGCCGGUGGGUAUUCUGGCCGGCAUCCUGAAUUGGAAGCCUGCGCUCCAGUUCAUUUUCAACUUUAUCGCCAUCAUACCCCUGGCUGCGUUGCUCGCUUUUGCGACGGAAGAGUUGGCGGUGCCGCUGGGCCAGACAAUUGGAGGACUACUGAAUGCGACUUUCGGGAAUGCCGUCGAAUUGAUCGUGAGCAUCAUCGCUCUGCAGAAGAACGAAAUCCGCAUCGUCCAGGCCAGUAUGCUGGGCAGCAUCUUGUCCAACAUCCUCCUCGUCCUGGGAUGCUGUUUCUUCGCCGGCGGUCUCAAAUACCGAGAACAGAGCUUCAACUCGACCGUCGCAUCCACCAUGUCCUCGCUCAUGACGGUCGCCACUUCGUCGCUCAUCAUCCCAGCCACCCUGUACGCCGUCAUGAGCAACAACAAGGCGCAAGAAGAUAAUAUCAUGAUCUUGUCCCGAGGCACCUCGAUCAUUUUGCUGCUUAUCUAUGUCGCGUACCUGUACUUCCAGCUCAAGUCGCACGCCGAUUUGUUCGACGAAACUGAAGCGCAAGAAGAGGAAGACUCGGAACCUCAGCUUCUGGGACCGUGGGCGGCGGGUAUCGUCUUGGUCAUCAUCACCCUCCUAGUCGCGGCUUGCGCCGAGUACCUGGUCGGCAGCAUCGACGAGAUUGUCAAACAGGCCCACAUCAGCAAGACGUUCAUCGGUCUCAUCUUGAUCCCUAUCGUCGGCAACGCCGCCGAGCAUGUCACGGCUGUGAUCGUCGCGUGGAAGAACAAGAUGGAUCUGGCCAUCGGUGUGGCCAUCGGGUCUUCUCUGCAAAUCGCCAUUUUCGUCACUCCCUUCCUGGUCGUCUUGGGCUGGAUCAUGAACCGGCCCAUGACGCUACACUUUGAGACGUUUGAAACCGUGAGCUUUUUCCUCGCCAGUUUGGUCGUGGUGCUCCUGAUCCAAGACGGAAAGUCCAACUAUCUGGAGGGAUUGCUCUGCUUGGGGAUGUACGCCAUCAUUGCAUUGGCGUUCUACGUUCUGCCGGAUGAUGCGGGCAGUGGCCUCAAUUUGGGCAAUGGCCUAAGCAGUCUGUUCGGCGGCGGGGCUUGA